GAAUGAGUGCGACGCCUAUGGUGGACAGGGCCCCUGUGACUUUCACAAUGGCAUCUGCAAUAAUUGGCCAGGAAGUUACGGCUGCAAGUGCAAGGUUGGAUUUGAGCUGAAGGAAGACCAGCAUGAGUGCAAAGAUGUUGAUGAGUGUCUGGACAACUCAGGAACCGGUCCAUGUGAUCAUAUCUGUGUUGACAUGACUGGGAGCUACCGCUGCUCUUGUAGAGAUGGAUACGAACUCGGUGCUGACGGCUUGUCGUGUGUUGAUGCUGAUGACUGCCGAUCCAACCCUUGUGAAAAUGGAGGGCUUUGCCAAGAUGGAAACAGAAAUUACACCUGUGAAUGCCCAAGCGGAUUCAAAGGGGACAACUGUGAAUUCGCUCCUUGCAGUGAGGACUAUGAGCCGCCUGAGCACGGGUCUGCCACGUGUGCUGAUACUUCAACCGGCGGAAGAUUCUGCACUGUCGCCUGUAACGCCCAACACGACUUCGCCUGCCGACCCGCAGACGGUUACAACUGUGACCUUGAGGGCCAGUGGCACCUGCAAGGUCGUCCAAACUGUGCCGCUGACCAACUUCCUGAAGAUGCACCAUGGCCGGACUGUUCAAGGAGACGUUUGGCUUGGAUGUCUCAAAUGACGAAUCAAGUUGACUUCUACUACGACGGAGACUGCCAGAGCAACGUUGCCGACAUCAUACAGAUGUUCGACCACCUUUUCAACACCCUCGGUGGAGCAGCCUCGGGAUCAGGAACGUGCAACAUCGAGAACAUCAACGUGGCCUGUGGCGAGUCUGCUCGUUCCUCAUUGGUAGCCGCAAACGCCCGAUCUGGCCCUGGCUUCGUCGUGAAGUUUGAUGUCGUCGCCGUCAGCAACUCGCCACCUGACCAGGUCACUGCAGGGGAUCAGACCGACCUGAUGUACCUUCUAGGAGACCUUUCAUUCGAGAUUCAGGACAAGAUCUCUUCAGGACAGUUCAGCAUGACCAUUGAUGGAAAAGUGGCAGUAGGAGCAUCGUACACGAUGACAACCACGCCGACUUUUAAGACAGACUGCCAAGACGGGCAAAUGACUGUGAUUGAGAGUUUCUCAGCUUACUGCCUUGACUGUCCAAGAGGAACCCACAAGCCAGCUGACAGCACCACCUGUGUGAAGUGUGACUACCAGGAGUACCAGGACGAGGAGGGACAGUCUACCUGCAAGUCCUGCCCUGCUGGAACAAACGCUGUCUACAGAGGGGCUAAAGACAUUACAGACUGUACGGCACAAUGUCUUGGGGAUGAGACACCUUGUGCAGACUGUCAUCUGGUUGGUGGGGGUUUCCGUUGUAAGUGUUCUGUAGGCUGGGCAGGCUCCAGUGAUGGCCUGGUCUGUGGACGUGAUGACGACAUGGACGGCUUCUCUGAUGUCCCCAUCUCUUGUGGAAAUGAAACUUGUAUCAUGGACAACUGCCCUGGAGUCUACAACCCUGACCAGCUGGACUUGAACGGUGAUGGGAAAGGAGACGCUUGUGCUGAAGACACCGAUGAUGAUGGAGUCCUGAACGACAAGGACAACUGCCCGCUGGUCCCCAACCCUGACCAGAUCGACUCGGACGGUGAUGGAGUCGGCAGUAUGUGUGACAACUGUGUCUCCACACCCAACCCUGACCAGGCCAACAGUGACGACACCGAGGCUGGGGAUGCUUGUGAGGCAGAAUUGGAUGUGGUCAUCGCUAUUCUGUGCGAGAACCUGCCUGACGGGACCUUUCGCCCCCACCCGUACGACUGCUCCAUGUUCGUACGGUGCCACCAGGGGGGUCAUGACGCUGUGAUUAGCUGUGGCCAGGGCACUCAAUGGAGCCAGGAACAGCUGACCUGUGUCAGUUCUGAUCUGGUCACUUGCAACUGA